AUGAAAAAUUUUUUUUCAUUUUCAAAAUUAACACCACAUCUUAAAAACAUAUACCACAGAAACAUGACAUACACAACUAAACAAGUAGGAGAAACUGGUUCACUUGAAUACCGUCUUUUCUUUUUAAAAGAUAAUAAACCAGUAUCAUCAUUCCAUGAUGUUCCAUUAUGGGUUAAUAAAGAGAAACAAAUUGUUAAUAUGUUAGUUGAAAUUCCAAGAGGUACCAAUGCCAAAUUAGAGAUUGCCACCAAAGAAUAUAUGAAUCCAAUUAAACAAGAUGUUAAAGAUGGUAAAUUAAGAUUUGUUCACGACAAAUACCCAUUCAACUAUGGUGCAUUACCACAAACUUGGGAAAGUCCAGAACACACUCACCCAUCAACCGGUGCUAAAGGUGAUAAUGAUCCAUUAGACGCUUGUGAAAUUGGUUCUGGUCAAGGUGUAACUGGUGAAUUCAAACAAGUUAAAGUUCUUGGUGUUUUCGCUAUGAUUGAUGCCGGUGAAACCGAUUGGAAGAUCCUUUGCAUUGACGUUAACGAUCCAAUUGCUUCACAAAUCAACUCUCAAGAAGAUAUUGAAAAACAUUUACCAGGUAAAAUUAAUGAAGUCUACACCUUUUUAAGAGAUUACAAAAUCCCAGAUGGUAAAGGUCCAAAUCAAUUCGCUUUUGAUGGUAAAUUACAAUCAAUUGAUUUCUCCAUGAAAAUCAUUGAGGAAACUGAAGCUGAAUGGAAAGAUUUAGUUGGUGGUAAAACAAAAUCAUCACUCUCUGUUGUAAACACAACUUUAAAUGAUUCAAAUACUGUUACCGCUGAUGUUGCUGCUCAAAAACUUAACUUUUGA